UCAGCGACGGCGCUCGGCGGAUACAUUGUCGCCGAAAGUUUCCGCAGAAACAGCGAGAAAAAGUUCAUGAAAGAAACGGUGACCAGAUCAAAUAUGGCGUCAAAAGGCUGUAUUGUUGUCACAAAAUACUUCCUGUUUGUUUUCAACUUGAUCUUUUUUUUUCUUGGUGGAGUGAUGUUGGGAUUUGGCCUUUGGAUUUUGUUUGACAAAAACAGCUUCAUAUCCGUUCUGGAAACCUCUUCGAUCCCCCUCCACCUGUGGUCAUACCUGCUGUCCAGUUUGGGCACAUUCACCAUGAUGAUGGGAUUCCUGGGCUGCAUCGGAGCAUUGAAGGAAGUGAAGUGCAUGUUGGGGAUUUAUUUCACCUUGUUGGUGUUCCUCUUGGCCUCCCAGAUUACUGUCGGAGUUCUCGUUUACACCCAGAGAAGAUCGAUCGAGAAGCAGCUUGGCAAAGCCGUGCAGAACCUGAUCCAAACCUAUGGUGAGACCGAUGAGAAACUUCAGAGCCUGGAGGAGAGUUGGGACUUCAUCCAAAUGCAAUUUUCUUGCUGUGGUUGGAAUAGCUCUCAGGAAUGGAUGAAAAACUCAAAAAUGAAGAACAGUUCGCUGAACAACUUCACCUAUCCGUGCUCCUGUUAUAAUUCUUUCCCACAGAAUAUCACCAGCUUCAACUUUACCAAAGAAACUGGAUUCUGUUUUGCCCCCACAAACCCGUUCGGUGUCACCCUGAAGAGCUGUAAGACUAACGUGUUCGAUUGGAUGAGGGAAAAUAUCUUGAGCAUCAUGAUUGUCUCGAUUGGUGUGAGUUUAGUGGAGCAUCUUUUUCAGUUUUCUUGCUGUGGUUGGAAUAGCUCUCAGGAAUGGAUGAAAAACUCAAAAAUGAAGAACAGUUCGCUGAACAACUUCACCUAUCCGUGCUCCUGUUAUAAUUCUUUCCCACAGAAUAUCACCAGCUUCAACUUUACCAAAGAAACUGGAUUCUGUUUUGCCCCCACAAACCCGUUCGGUGUCACCCUGAAGAGCUGUAAGACUAACGUGUUCGAUUGGAUGAGGGAAAAUAUCUUGAGCAUCAUGAUUGUCUCGAUUGGUGUGAGUUUAGUGGAGCUUUUUGCAAUGACGUUAUCGAUGUUAUUGUGUAGAAAUAUCGACCCAGAUUACGACAAACUCAUUCGUUUUCAGUAACAACGAGGCUGGUGGGUUGCUCUGGAACAAAGGAAAUCCUGUCUUUUAUUCUUGGUUUAUAACUUCCUAUAGUAACUUUGCUUUCGGUUUGUGUUUAAUCCUUUUUGUGGAUUGCAACUGGGACUGGGAUCACCACAUCAGCUAUCGAACCAUUUCGAGGAGCAUUCAUUAUUCAGUGUUGACACAUGAUUGUAGAAAUCACCUGUUACUGGAGAAAUGACAUCACCCAAUACCAACCUCAAUCCAACUCAUUUUACCCAAAACCUAAUUCAAUCAAUUCAGCCAGGACCCCAAAACAGAAUAUAACAAGCUUAUAUCAAAAAGCAUUGUCUAUAUUGGAGAGCUGUCAAAAAUGCAAAGAGUAAACCAUGGCCUUAUUUAAGGAAUCAUACCGUCUGCAUGAAAAUAUCGGUUUCUUCACAAAAUUGGUUGAAUAGACAUUGGAUAAUGGAAACACAAAUCAGCAGAAUCUAUUUUUGAAUAAUUUUAUGUGGAUUAAUUUUGAGGUUUAUUUUGAUGUCCGCUGCAUGACUUAUUUGAAUGUGUUUAUUCUAUACCAGUGCAUCAGUGUAACCAAGUGGCCAAGGUACUUUCUGGAAUUAUUGACUCUGAUUUAUUGUGAGGGCAUGUGUAUAGAGGCUGUUCCUGUAUGACCACAUACUCCAGACUCAUCUCAAAGAUUUCAUGUAAAUACGUUGUCCAAAAUGCUUCUGAAUUGUGCAAACAAAGGAGAACUUGGGUGUAAAGUUGACUGAUCUGAGCAUAUUUGAUAUGAAGGAUUUUACAGUUUGCCUCAACUUCAGUGGAGAAUGAGGAAAAGCAGGACCCUCAUCACUUUCCUGUAUCUACUGCUGGCAAAUGUAUGUGCAGUUGUCUGUGAAGUUAGGAACAGGCUUGUUAUGAUGCAUCUUAUGGGUGAACAUCCAUCAACAUUUUUCUACCUGUGCUUAAACCUGAAUUGUACCAAGUACUUGGCGAGUGAGUAUUCAUUAAUCAGUACAGAGUAACAUUUGGCUUCAGAAAUGAAACAAAUAUGCUUUAGACAAAACUCUCCAACCUGAAUCUGUGUUUAGGGAGCCUGCAGUUUUAUAUGAACAAUGUGAAAACCCAACUUAGCCCCAUCUCAUUGUCCCCUCUCAAUUUCCCACUCCAGCCCCUAACCAAUCAAAACCUUGGUUCAGAUUCCAUGAUUGAUCUUCUAACUUUUUCAUCAGAUGGUGGACAACUGAUAGGGCUACAGUGUCCAGGAAAUCCUCUCGCACAAGUUAAGGGGAGGUUUUCAGCUGCAGCUGACUCAACAUCUGGAAGAAUAACUACAUUUCACCUGGGUUCUGACUGCACGUUAUCCAACAUCUUGUGUUUUGUUUCCAACAUUCUUUCUAACUUGUCAAUCCUGUAUUACAAUUAAUGAAUUCAUGGCAGUAUUAAUCCUUCUUAGCAAGAUAGAGAUCAUAUUUAAUCUUGCAAGCCCAAAGGCAAGUCUACAUUGGUUGUAAUUCUGCGAUUGGGCAGCACUUGCUGAGAUAAUAGAUGGUGCUGUUGGGUGCAAUCCAACCAAUUUAAGAUAAUCAGUCCAGCUCAUAUAGUGAGAGUGUAAAUGAUAGACAUUCACACACACGGAGUUGUUCAAGUCUUGCACUUAUGCAGGAGUAUGAGGACCCUAUAGUUUCUUCUGACUUUCUCCAUGGCAAUAUCUCAGCCAGUUAUGUUCAAUUUGCAAAUCAAUCAGCACCAUGUUCUUUAGUUUAAAUUAUCAUUUUGCAUUUGUUCUAAUGAGUCCAAAAUGGGAACAUGUUUCACUCUUCAGAAGUAUUUCAGUUCUGUCUACCAUGUGACCAUGUAUAGAACUUCUUUUAAUGGUCAGUCAAAGUCAGUAAUGCCUGUGGUUUAGUUGAGCUGUGAAUGCUGAAGACUUGUUAUUGUUCUUGACUCCACGAUUCUAUCAUUCAUUUCAACAAAACAAACCUGCUUUAUUCCCAAGGGGGGGGGGGGGAAGUGAUAGCAGACACCACUGCCAACCAUAGCAAGCACAAAUCACCAAAUACUAGAAUAGCUUGAUGGAUUUAUCAGUAUAUUUCUGUAUAAACCUCCCAGGACCCUAUUCUGAUCUGUUUUUAUCUUUUUAAUAAAACUUUCAACCAAU